AACAGGUGUUGAAUACGUCACUGCUGGAGAACCAAAACAAGUCGCCGUCUGACAUCCAUGUUGUUGUUGUUGUUGUCGUCGUCGUGCCUCCCCGUUCGUCCUGUUUACCGAGUUUAAACUCUUCGCGUCGUCUCGUCUUCACGUGGCUCGACUGAAGAGCUCCGUGUUUCUGCUCGUCACAGGUCGUCCUGCGGGUCCAGCAAGAGCCGUUUGUCUACCGGCAGAUCCCCGGUAACGGGAGCGAAGCAGCAUGACUCAGCUGAGAGGAGUCAACAGCCUGCAGUUCAACCAGGACCAGAGCUGCUUCUGCUGCGCCAUGGAGACGGGGGUCCGCAUCUACAACGUGGAGCCGCUGAUGGAGAAAGGUCACCUGGACCACGAGCAGGUGGGCAGCGUGGCCUCAUGCUCCAUGCUGCACCGAUCCAACCUGCUGGCCGUCGUUGGGGGCGGAGUCCACCCCAAGUUCUCCGAAAUAUCCGUCCUGGUCUGGGACGACGCUCGGGAGUCCCGCGACCCCAAAGACAAACUGGUCCUGGAGUUCACCUUCACCAAACCCGUGCUGGCCGUGCGCAUGAGACACGACAAGAUCAUCAUCGUUUUGAAGAACAGGAUCUACGUGUACAGUUUCCCAGACGACCCCGUCAAGCUCUUUGAGUUCGACACCAGAGAUAACCCCAAAGGUCUGUGUGAUCUGUGUCCCAGUUUGGAGAAGCAGCUGCUGGUGUUCCCGGGUCACAAGUGCGGCAGCCUGCAGCUGGUCGACCUGACCAACACCAAACCCGGCACCUCGUCGGCGCCGUUCACCAUCAACGCCCACCAGAGCGAGAUCGCCUGCGUGGCGCUGAACCAGCCGGGCAGCGUGGCGGCGUCGGCCUCCCGCAAGGGGACGCUCAUCCGCCUCUUUGACACCACCACCAGGGACAAGCUGGUGGAGCUACGACGGGGGACGGACCCCGCCACCCUCUACUGCAUCAACUUCAGCCACGACUCCUCCUUCCUGUGCGCCUCCAGCGACAAGGGAACCGUGCACAUCUUUGCCCUCAAAGACACCAAACUCAACCGCCGCUCCGCGCUGGCCCGGGUGGGGAAGGUGGGCCCUGUGAUCGGUCAGUACGUGGACAGCCAGUGGUCGCUGGCCAGCUUCACCGUGCCGGCCGAGUGCGCCUGCAUCUGCGCCUUCGGGAAGAACACGUCCAAGAACGUCAACAGCGUCAUCGCUAUCUGUGUGGACGGGACGUUUCAUAAAUACGUUUUCACUCCGGAUGGAAACUGCAACAGAGAAGCCUUCGAUGUGUAUCUGGACAUUUGUGACGACGACGACUUCUGAUCACAACGAGAGGAGGACGAGGAGGAAGAGGAGGAACAAGGACGAGGAGGAAGAGGAGGAACAAGGACGAGGAGGACGAAUGAAAAGGACUUUGUGUUGGAGGAGACGUCUCAUUAUUGUGUCUCCAUUGUGGACUUCAUUCUGCGCGUCACCUGACGAAGACACGUUCCAAUCUAACUGAACUUUGUUGAUGAUAAAUAAAUGAGUAUUUACAUCUCUG